AUUAAGCUCACAUUUCCCAUAGAUAGUGAACACUUAACGUAUUUGGAGUCUGAAUUUUAAUUUUUACCUCUCCUUUUGAAUUGUUUUAUUUGUAGAAUAUUUUAAUUAAUAUUGCACAUAAUAUUAUGUAUGUUGAUGUUUAAAAUAAAUUACAAAACUAUUUGUAGUGGGUGUAAACAUGUUAGACAUUUUCACGUGACCAAAAUAAUGGCCAAAAGUAAAUACGAGUAUGUAAGAGAAUUCGAGUCUGAAGAUAAAUGUUUGCCGAACUGUUGGAUUGUUGUUCGCUUGGACGGGCGUUCAUUUCACAGAUUUACGGCUUCACAUAAAUUUGAAAAGCCUAAUGACAAAAAAGCAUUAGACUUGAUGAAUAGAUCUGCUGCGGCAGUGAUGAAAGAAUUACAAGACGUUCAGUUAGCAUAUGGACAAAGCGACGAAUUCAGUUUUGUACUGCGCAAAGAUACUGACUUGUAUAGCAGGCGACAUUCUAAAAUUAUGUCGGCUAUUAAUAGUAUAUUUUCUGCUUCCUACGUUUUUUAUUGGAACACAUAUUUUGAAGAUAAAAAACUGCUGUAUCCACCUUCAUUUGAUGCCCGCAUUGUUCUGUAUCCAACCGACCAAAACUUGCGAGAUUAUUUGAGUUGGCGACAAGCAGAUACUCAUAUUAAUAAUUUGUAUAACACAGCAUUUUGGGGACUUGUGCUGAAAAAAGGACUUUCCAAUAGCGAUGCUGAGAAGGUCUUAAGCGGAACGGUAUCGGCACAAAAGAAUGAAAUAUUAUUUACCGAAUGCAGCACUAACUACAACAACGAGUUAGCAAUAUUUAGAAAAGGCACGGUAUUAAUAAGAAAAAAAAUCAAAAUACCACCUUCAAAAACUAAGAAACAAGUUGUAUACAUGCUGCAUGUAGAUAUUAUCGGAGAUAGUUUUUGGCAAGAAAAUGAAGAGAUAUUGAGUUUAGAAAAAUCACAAUUAUACAAAGACAUUAAUCCAGAUGAUAUUUUUGUAUACGUAUGACAACACAAAAAAAUAAAAAUAAAGUU